AUGUCUAUUAUUUCAUUUAUAAAUCAAACUGAUAAAAUUCAAUUUGGAAUUAUGACAACAACUUCAUUAAAAACGACUUAUGAUAAUAGAACAUAUGCAAAUGCAUUACUUUUUAUUUCUCCUAAUAAAAAAAGUAUAAAUGAUUUAUGUAAUCAUCUUCACAAUCCAUCAUAUAAUAAAUAUAUCAUUUGUUUGUUUAUUUAUUUAAUUAUAAUAUUAAAAUUUUAAUUGAAGUAAUAAUUUUAGUAUUUAAUGAAACAAUUAAUGAAUUAAUACUUCAAAAAAUUGCAACAUCUGAUAUUUUUCAUUGUAUUUAUAAUAUUUAUUCAAUUCCAUUUCAAUUUAAAUGUAUUACUCCAAACUGUUUUAUUUCAUUAGAUAAAAAUCAUUCAUUUAACACAUUAUCUUCUUUUCUUCAUUUAAACAAUUUACAUCCAUCAAUUUUUUUACAAACUAAUUCAAUUACAACUAAUAAUAAAUUACUUGUUGAACAAUUAAAAAAAGAAAUACAUCCAUCAGAUAAUACAUCAUUACUAAUUGUUCUUGAUAGAUGUUUUGAUGGAUAUACUCCAUUAAUUCCAAAUACUUCAAUAUUUGGUCAAUUAGUAGAAUAUAAUCAAAUAAAUCUUAUAACAUAUUUUAUUAAUAAAAGUUUUUAUUUUAAUUUCGAACAAAUUCAUACAAAACAAAUUUAUGAAAUGAAUUUUGUUGAUGCACAAGAAUAUAUUUCUCAAAAGAAAAAAGAAAUUGAUUGUUCUUGGGAAGAAUUAAAAGAAAAAAUUAAAAAUAAUACGUUACAUAGUGGAGAUGAUGUAGAACUUAAUCAAAUUUCACUUUCUAAAAAUAAAUUAGAUAUCGAAAAAGAAGAAGUAGAUGCUUUAUAUAAAAUUGUUUUUGAAUUAUCAAAAGAAAUGAUUAAAAAAUAUCAAACUAAAGAAAAAUUUGGUGAAUAUUUUAAUCUUCAUAAUUCAUUUAAAUUAAAAGAUUUAAAUGAUGAACGAAUUGAAAUAAUGAAAUGUAUUUUAAAUAAAAAUGGAAAUUCAAAAUAUAAUCAACAAAUAAUAAAAAAAUGUAAUGAAAAACAUAGAAUUCUUCCAUUUAAUUCAUAUUACGAUAUAAUUAAUUCAUUAUUAACUAAUACACAAUAUAUUCCACCAAUUAUUGAAUUACUUAAUACAAUAAAAAAUAUAAAAGAAACAAAAAUUAAUAUAUUAAAAUAUCUUAAACUUGAAUAUGGAAAUAUUAAUAAUUGGAAUACAAUUAUUCUUUGGAUUGAAGGUGGUAUUUCUUUGGUUGAAGAAAAAUAUAUCUUUGAUUGGUGCCAAAAAAAUAAAGAAUUUAAAGUUAUUAUUGGUGGUUCAUUAAUAUUAAAUUUUGAAAAUUAUAAAGACUGGUUAUUAGAAUAA